UGGCAAUUGUUCAAAAUCUACACAUUAAAUGCGUUAUUUGAGUGUAUCUUAUGCGAUAUAGCUGCACUAUUGCGUCAUGUUGGUGCUAUAUGGGGUCAGUACGACGAACGUGCCGAGAAGAUCAGGAAUCAGUUAGUAUUUAUUCUGAGCGGCGCUACUGUGUACAUAACGGCAGCAAUAUCAUUCCGCUUGUUCACAUUAUUUUUCGUGACAGCUUCAUAUGUGUCGUAUCGGAAACCAUUGCUCUUCCGCGAUCAUUUCACUACAAGGAAAUGGAUUUUGUAUUGCAUGCUUAUUCAUGCAUUUUCAUUCACUGUCGGAGCUGUAACAACGUACGCAGUUACCUUUCCUCAGAAUCAGUAUCAUCUUUGGUGGGGCAUUAUACUAGCUCAUGGUUCUAAUGCUUUGGUGAUCAUUGUGCUGAUCGCUGAAGUUAUUAUCUCAGUCAAUGCGAUAAUGGCUGUGAGAGCAGCUCAAGUGCAAGAUUCACUCAACUCUCAGCGACCUCAAAGUCAAGGAUAUUUAGUCGCGUUCCUUACGUAUUCCGUACCUCUGUUUGUUCUCACUUUACCUGUUGCAAUACCCGUACUGUGCGAAUGUAUAGAAUUUCUAAUGACUGAAGCUGUUUUUUACGAAAUCGGCAGAAUAGCUGCACUGCUUGAAGUACAGGUGAUUUUGGUGAUUUUACUUUCGUCGGAAUCCAAAAUGAUAAUCGACGUGAUUCCUUAUUGA